AUGUCUGACAGUUGCGAGGCAUUACCACCACUGGAUGCUAAAAAUACUGAAAUCCACAAGAUCUUCAGGGAAGAAAACUUGACAAACUCAAGCAUCCGAAGACUUGUUCAAUGGCACAACCAAACGUAUCCUUUUGCAACGCCUAUAGUCUCAACAUUCAAGGCCAGCUCUGCUAGGAAAAGGGCAACUUCUUUUGCACCUUAUACAGUCGAUGUGUGCAUCAGGUAUUGCUAUGCCUUUCAACCAGAGGAUGGGGACGAAUGUCCAGUGUGCUUUGAAAAGAGAUUCGAUAUUGAUGGUAGCCCCAGAAGAACCAUCAAGAUGCUGCCAAUCGGUCCACAACUUGCCACGUUGUUCGAAAAUCCAAACUUUAUCAGAGUGCUUGAUGACGAGAAUUCAUCCAUCAGAGCAAGGUUCAAGGGCGAUAUAAUGCAAAAUUUAGUGAACAACAAGCAUCUAUUCAACAAUAGAUACGACAUUGGCCUGUCCCUGUACGUAGAUGGAUUCCAAUCACACAAAAAAGGUGGUGCAAAGUUGAACUUGGUCAUGCUACAAAUCUUGAGCCUUCCUUCUGCCUAUAGAUACAAAAUGGAGUUCCUGAUCACUACGGCCCAACUGAUGUUCUCACAGAACAUGGAUGUGCUCUUUUGGGAACAUCGAUGUUCUCAUGAGCACAUUGAUGUUCUCAUUUGA